AUGACAGGAACGCAAAAAUGGAAGAGAAGAGAGGUGCAGUAUGAAAAAAAUGCCGCUAAAGUAGAAACAAAUAGUGAAAGAAAGAUGAGAAUCUGUAUGAGAAGAUCAGAGUAUAAGAAGGAGUAA